AUGGAUCUCCAAUCAGCCAGAAUCAAGAGACAAAUCCAGUUGGCUGAAUUGGAUGAAUGGAGGGAGAAGGCCUACCAUAGCUCUAAGCUCUACAAAGAGCAAACAAAGAGAUGGCAUGACAAGCGUAUCAAGAUCAAACAGUUCAAGGCAGGGGACAAGGUACUCCUUUUCAACUCUCAUGUUCGCCUGUUUGGUCAUGGUAAGCUUAGGAGCAAAUGGGAAGGCCCCUUCCUAGUUUUGAACGCCGCUGACCAUGGCGCCAUAACCCUCCAGGACGAUGACGGGAAUGUUUUUAAGGCCAAUGGCCAUAGAUUGAGAAUAUUCCUCGAGCCCAAAAUUCCCGAGCUCGAAGAAGUAGAUGUCUACGAGCUUACCGAGAUAGAAUAA